AUGAAUAUUACUAGUAAUCUUCAUAUCUCAUGCAGACAACAAGUUAUGAUAUGGAAAACUAAAGUUAUUGUAAUUGAAAAACAAUCAUCAAAGCCUUCCAGACAAGGCAAUGGAAGGUACAAGCAUUUGAUGUUAAUAGAUACUCAGGGUAAUACUAUUCAAGCUAGCUUAUAUGAUUCCAAUAUCACUGCUUUUGAGGAUCAACUUGUUUUGGAAAAAACUUAUACUAUUUCGAAAGCUUAUGUUAAGAACAAUACGAUAAACUACAGAUAUUCCAUUGGCUCUCUACAAUGGACAAUAUCUGGAGAAACUCAUAUUAAAGAACUAAAUGAAGAUAAUCUAGAUUUCCUUCAAAUUCGUACUGCUUAUGUUCAGAAAAAAGAAAAUUUGAUGGCUCAUUUCAAAUUUGCAGAUAUACUUGCAAUUGCAAUUGAUAUGACGCCCAAACGAUUGAUUCAAUCCAAAGAUGGCAACCAAACUUGGUUGGAAGAUAUCAUACUUCUAGACAUGAAUUUCAAAACAAUGAUGCUUACACUUUGGGAUUCAUUUGUUGACAGAGAAUACUUACUGAUAGCAGACAUUAUUGACAAAAAGUUAGUCAUCUUUGCAACCCGUCUAAAGAUUACAUCAUUCUUUGGUUUAAAAUUGUCCACGAAAUUUCGUUCCACUUUCUUCAUAAAUACACCUUUCAACGCAGUAAAACAAAUGACAGAAUGGGUAAGAACAAAUUCCAUUAAAAUAGAUGAUUUUGUAUUGAAAAAAUCAUACAUGGACAAAAGCCCCACAAAUCUUUCUCUAUCUGUGCGAAGUAAAUUCACUCCUAUUCAAAAUCUUCAAGGGCGCAUUCUAACGGUAAUAUUAAGGGCUAGAGCAUAUGUGCAGCUUUCAGAUGUCACGGGAUCAAUCAGUGCAAAUGCAAUUGGUGAACCAGCUAAGAAACUAUUAUUUACAACUUCACAGUCUUUGAUGGAGGAAACCAAAUCUGAUACUGAACGAGCUUUCUACUUAAAAGUAUCGCAAAAUGAACCUAAUUCAUCAAGUUACAGAUUUGAUAUCAUCUCUGUAACAGGCUUAGACCAUCCAAGUCCAGGACAAGAAAUCCAAGGAAAUAUUGACCAUACAAGUCUUGAACCAAAAAUUCAAACAAACGUUGAUAGUCAGAUUGUGGUUACAGCAGUUGGGAAAAAUGUUAGUACAGACUAUCAAGAAGAUUGGUCACCUCCAGCGAAAAAAGCCCUUAUCAAAUCUUCCAAUGAUAGUUCCAGUUCAAAAGUGGCUUGUGAUGAAAACAUAAGUUUAGACACAAAUCCAUUUGCUCACAAAGAAAAAAUGGAAUAA